CGCCAUUGAUUUCUGAAACCGGGAAAGGGCGCUGAAGGGAGAUUUUGCUCAGCUUCUGAGUUGUGGGCAAGAUCGUUCUGGAAGAGCUCAUGGGGCUUAUUGUACAUCAACACACUUCGAUUCGCAUCCCCGCGCACCAUCCCAGAGCAAACUAGAAAGCCAGCCAGCUUUCCUUGUCGCACCCCGAUACCCGAUCGCCAAGUCCCAUGAAUUCUUCCGUUCUAACCUGGACAAGCCUGCUCUGGGCUUUGGCCCUGGCAGGUGCAGUCUGUAUCUCUGCAGCCCUACUCCUUCUCUACGCGCUGCUCCAGUCUCACAAGAGUCAAGUUCCGAAGUGGCGUCCGAAGAAUGGCCCUAUCCAUCUCUUGGUGGUUUUGGGCAGUGGCGGACACACGGCGGAGAUGUUCUCGAUGCUCCGGCGCAUGAAACUCGAUCCAACCAAGUACACCUAUCGGACAUACAUCGUGAGCUCAGGGGACAAAUUCAGCGCGAAAAAGGCAGUCGAGUUUGAAACCACAUAUCUAACACAGGACGCAGCUUCUGCGAAUGCCAAGAAACCCGUCUCGACGAGCGGGUCAUACUCUAUUGUCACAGUUCCGCGCGCCCGUCGCGUGCACCAAUCUUACUUCACUGCACCCUUUUCAACCCUCAAUUCCUUCUGGUCCUGUCUCCUCGUGCUACGCGGUAUACAUCCAGAUCAGGGCCCAGUUCACUCACGACCCAUGCAGUCCCCUCAUCCGGACAUCAUCCUCACUAAUGGACCGGCUACAGCAGUCUGCGUCGUUCUGGCGGCUAGACUUCUUCGACUAUGGCACGCCUUGAAUGCUGUGUUUGGCUUCAAGUCUAAGUCUGACAGAAACGCCAUCUCACCGGAUGACUUCCGACUUCGCACAAUUUUUGUAGAAUCAUGGGCUCGAGUUACCACUCUCAGUCUAUCGGGUAAACUCCUGCUGCCUUUCGCGGAUCGCUUCCUCGUUCAAUGGCCAGAUCUAGCGGGUAGGAAAGCGUGGACAGGCAUGAGAGAGACCGAGUAUGUCGGCACGCUGGUGGAUUGAGAGGCAAUUGACAAGGGUUUGCGAAGUAUAGCUAGG